AUGGCUUCCGCUGCUUUACUGCUCCUGGCCCUCUCCUCCUCAGUCUCCCUCACAGUGGCGGUGCUAUUUGGCGAGCCUAGAAUAUUUGGAGAUGAUGCUACUGGAUAUGGCCCCAUCUUUGAGGAGGAGCCAGUGGAUGUCGUCUACACAGAAGACUCACCAGAUGGGAGAAUCUCCAUGAACUGCAGGGCACGAGCAAACCCACCGGCUUCAUACAGGUGGCGCCGUGAUAACUGGGAAAUCAAGCUGAUGGAGCAGCCAGAUGAGUACUACAGCCUUGUUGGGGGGAACUUGGUUAUUACAAAUCCCAGACAGAAGAAACACGCUGGGACGUACAUCUGCGUGGCCAGGAACAUCUACGGCACCGUCAUCAGCAAGGAGGCCAGGGUCAAGUUUGGAUUUGUUGAGGAGUUUCCUCAAGAGGAAAGGGACCCUGUGUAUGUCAAAGAAGGGCAGGGGGCUGUUCUGCUGUGCGCCCCUCCAAAAGUCUGGCCACAGGAGGUGACCUACCGCUGGAUCUUCAACGAGUUCCCAGUUUUCCUGUACACAGAUCACCGCCGGUUUGUCUCCCAGAAGACGGGAAACCUGUACAUCUCCAAAGUGGAAGCUCAGGAUGCAGGAAACUACUCCUGCUUUGUCUCGAGCCCCGUCACCGGGAAGAGUGUCUUCUCCAAGUUCAUCCCUCUCAUCCCCUUACCCCCUGAUGAUGGUGAGGAGAUAAAAUACCCAGCAGACAUCAGGGUGAAGUUCCCAGAUACUACUGCCAUGCUGGCUUCUAACAUUACUUUGGAAUGCUUUGCACUGGGAAACCCUAUCCCUCAUAUUGUUUGGAGGAAGGUGGACGCCACAGAUCUCCCGCCAAAUCAUGAGAUCAGUGAAUCAGGAGCUGUGCUUCAUCUGUACAAUGUACAGUACGAAGACGUGGGAGGAUAUGAGUGUGAAGCCAUCAACACCAAAGGAAAGGACUGGCACAAGGCCUGGCUGUAUGUGGAGUCUGCUCCAGAGUGGGCAGAAACCAUCAACAACACUCAGAUCGACAUCGGCUCAGAGCACACCAUGCGCUGUGUGGCAUCAGGGAAGCCCUUCCCUUUCAUCCGCUGGUACAAAGAUGGAUACAUGUACGGGAAGGGGGAGUUGAAGUUUUCCAGUCUCACCUUCGAUGACUCAGGAAUGUACCAGUGUAUUGCUGAGAACUACUGGGGCAUCAAAUACGCCAACGCUGAGCUGCGAGUCAUCGCCUGUGCUCCUACAUUCGAGUUCAACCCUGUGAGGAAGCAGCUUCUCGGGGCUAAAGAUGGCCGCGUGGUGAUCGAGUGUAAACCCCGAGCUGCUCCUAGACCGCGGUACACCUGGACAAAGGGCAAAGAGCUCCUCUACAACAAUUCACGCAUUUCCAUCAUGUUUGAUGGGAGUCUGGAGAUCCUCAAUGCCACCAACAACGACGAGGGUAUGUACUCCUGCUUCGCUGAGAAUGACAGAGGAAAGUCCAACAGCUCUGGCUAUCUUACCAUCACAGAGGCUACCAGCAUCACAGAACCACCGGAAGACACUGAGGUAAAGGUUGGCGAUGAAGUGAUCCUGAGGUGCGCCGCCUCAUACGACCCCAUGCUGGACAUCACAUUCAUCUGGGCCAUAGACUUCAGGGUCAUCGACUUUGACUCUGAGUGGGAACACUACGAACGUGUUAUGAGUGAAGAUGGAAGCGGUGAUCUGAGAAUAAAGAAUGUCCAGAUUUGGCACGAAGGUCGCUACACCUGCGUCACUCAGACAGUGGUGGACAGCGACACUGCAUACGCUGACCUCAAGAUUGUAGGUGUGCCUGGGCCUCCUGGUGUGAUCCGGGUGGAAGAGAUUGGGGAUACGUGGGUGAAGCUGUUGUGGACUAAAGGAGCGGAUCACAACAGCCCCAUUAUCUCCUACACUAUUCAGACAAGACACAACUGGGCCCUGAAUGAAGAUGACUGGAAGGACGCCAGCACCACUCCAACCUUUCUUGACGGCCACGUGGAGAAGGUAGAAGUGACAGACCUGUACCCCUGGAUGGAGUAUCAGUUCAGGAUCAUCGCCACUAACGAGUAUGGCUCCGGAGAGGCCAGCAUCCCCUCCCUCAAGAUCAAAACCUGGGAUGCUGCUCCAGUGAUUUCUCCCACUGAUGUGGCAGGUUAUGGAGGUAGGAAUGGCGAGAUCGUCAUCACAUGGACUCCCGUGGAGCCUUGGUAUUUCUCUGGAAAAAAGUUUGGCUACAUUGUGGCAUUCAAGCCUCAUGAUGCUUACGACUGGUGGUUCGAGACCAUUUCAGACCCCGAGACGAAGCGUUAUGUUCACAAGGAGUCCAACUUCAUUCCCACUGAGGAAGAUUUCCAGGUCAGAGAGUUUCAGGUGAAGAUCAAGUCGUUUAAUGUGAAAGGAAGCGGCCCAUUCAGCCUCACCAGUGUCAUCUACUACCCGAGAGAUGUGCCUAUAGAGUCUCCAACAGACGUCUACGCCAGGCCGGUGUCCUCCACUGAAGCCCUGGUCUGGUGGUUGCCUGUGGUGGACACUGGUACAGGCCUGCAGCAAUACAUUGAGGGAUACCAGGUGAAAUACUGGAGAAAGUACGAUGAUCCGGAGCAGGGAGCACAUCGUAUAUUUGUUUCAACCACAACCAACCAGACUAGGUUGGAGAACAUGCUGCCAGACUCUCACUACCUCAUUGAGGUCCGUGCCUUCAAUGGAGCCGGCCUCGGACCCCCUGGUGAACACUGUGAGAUGUUCACAAAGAGACCACCCCCACCAGAUCCUCCCCGGAUGUGGCGCUAUGUUACCUGGACAGGACAGUGGAUGUAUGUGUGGUGGGAUCAUAUCCAGUAUGACUGGUUCGGUAAUAUUUCCUUCCCACUGUACUACAAGGUCUUGUUCAGAAAGACAGGCUACAUCUAUGGGGAAGUCUACAUCACUGGCUGGCACUUCAUGGACUUCCCCAUGCCUCAGUUUGGAGACUAUGAGCUGAUGGUACGCGGUCGUUAUGAAGGAGGGGAUGGCCCAGUCAGGAAGAUUAGGAUUCAGGGUAAAGCAUCAAUGAUCACGCCGACUCUAAGCCUGGCGUCUUUGCUGCUGCUGGCGCUGUGCCUUGUGGGAUUGGAAAUGUAA